AUGAGGCUACGAACAAGAAAGACCUCUACUGUUUUACUUCAACCAGUAAGCAGGAAACAGGAGGAGGAAGAAGAAGAGAUGCGCGCCAAGUCCAAACACACACAUCAAGACCUGUCCUUACAGCAGUCUCUACAAGACAUGCCACAAACAUCAAGAGUCGAGAAGGCUGAAGAAGGCCUGUUUGUGGUUCAGUCUCCACAAAAUCAACAAAAGCUAUCUUCAAGGACCAAAAGUAUUGAGAAGGUGCUUUUACCUCUGCGGGAUCACCCAGUGACCUCUGCAGCAGCAAAGGCUAACGAAACUGGAGCCCCCACUCUGCAAACAGGUCUACAGGAGGCUAAGCAGACGAUUGAGGAUCAAAAAAAAGAGAUUGCCAUCCUAAAAGACUGGGUAGACACACUUAAAGAGGAGCGAGAUUUUCUCAGGGAAAGACUCAAAGAGGCUCUUGCAGUAAGAAGUGAUAAGGGUGGGGAUGUGGCCAGCAAUAUUCCACCUAUAAGGCAGGCACCUGGACAGAGGAAACUGGAGUCAAAUGUAACUGAUUCAUCAUCCUCUAAUUCAUCAUCUGAUUCAGAGCCAGAUUCUGAGUCCUCAGGGGCUAAGAAAGCUAAGAAGAAAAAGUCCCAUCCAAAAAAGGCCAAAAAAAUGGGCAAAAAACUAAGAGUCAAAACCCCUGACGACUCCAUCCGCCGCUACAACAUGGUGUUGGAGAAGAUUAAAAAGGAUCACAUCAGCAAAGCUGAAGCUUAUGCAAGGCUUGGGGUAGAUCGAAAUACCAUCGUGUCGCAGGCUCCGAUUGCCGAACUUGCAGCCGCUAACCCAGAUCUGUUCCGCACGUUGAGGUCCACUUUUAAAAGAAAGGACAGCCUGAAAGGGUUUGCUGAAACUUGCAGGGGUUUUUGUGAGCAGGAGCCCACAGCUUCAGCUAUCCUAAAGAAAAAAGGCGACGGAUCCUUACUGGAUAUUUACAAGAACUAA